AUGAACCACGUAAAGCACGACUUUUAUCCACACUUAUAUCACCUUCGAAACGUGGAUGGAAAGACAGCAGAGGAACUAUUUGAAAAAAAUCACUCAUCCCUUCGAGAAGAAGCAGAGAAAGCAGCAAAACACGUGAGUGCUAACUUAAUUAUCGCCGCCACCCUCAUCUGCACAAUUCAUUUCGCAGCACUUUUCACUGUCCCUGGUGGCUUCAAUCAGAAUACCGGGGGACCCCAUGCUCCUCUCCGAUCAUUGGCAGGAAAUGCAGUUCUUCAUGGCUUACAUAGGGUUAGCUCUGUUCUUCGCCUUUCUUUCCUUGACAAACCUCAUUCUAAUCCAAGUAUCGCGUAUCGACACCAAUGA